ACACAGCAUCUCUUUCUCUCUCACACACACACAGCCCAUUCUAAACCUCACGAGCGACUGAGCAGGACUCGUUCGGCGACCGACCGCGACCGGCUGCUUCUCGUUAAAACUACCGGUGUUUUUUCCCGGUACGCACGACUAAACCGUCCACUCAGCAAACACACGCACUUUGCCGACUGCAAGAGAAACCAAAGGAGAACGUUUCACCAAACAAACGAGAGGAAGAUCAAAAGAAGAAACCCCUCUCUCUGGUUGCCUGGGUCAAAUCAAGGGUCAUGACCUUGUUGUGAACCCGUUUAACAUUUUCCCAGCUCAUUCCUUUGAGCCGUCAUGUUCCACACAUUCCCCAACAAGUCCAAAGCCCAGUCGCCGGUCUCCUUGGAGAAAACCUACUCUCUAACUGCCCACUACGAUGAGUUCCAGGAGGUCAAGUACGGCAGCCGCUACAGCAGCAGUACCCUCAGCAAUGGCAUGAGCCUGCAGCUGGGAGGCUCCCUCGACCGGUACGGGCGCUCCCGGGGUGGACGGGAGAAGAGUACUGGAGUAGGCGGGACCAGUCCAGGGGGAGGGACUACAGAGAGGUGGAGCCGGAGGGAGAUCUGCCUCCUCUCGGCCUUGGUGUUUGCGGCCGGCGUUUGCGUGAUCCUGGGCUGCAUGCUGGCCCUAAAGUUCCUGUCGCUGGAGGCGCAGCAGGAUGCGCAGUGCAAGCAGGACUGCAAGGCGAGGCGCUCGCUGCUGAGGGCAGCACGCUUUGUCCAGGGGAACAUUGACACCAGUGUGCAGCCCUGCCAUGACUUCUACAGCUUCGCAUGCGGAGGCUGGCUGAGGCGCCACGGGAUUCCCGAGGACAAACUGAGCUAUGGCAUCAUUACUGCCAUCGGAGAGCAGAACCAGGAGAAGCUGCAGCGCCUUUUAGAACAGCCAAUCAGGAGGGCAGGAUCCGAGAGUGCAGAGAGGAAGGUGAAGGAGUUCUAUCGUUCCUGCGUCAACAUCCAGGAGAUCGACCGGCUCGGAGCGGCGCCUAUGACAGAGGUGAUUGACAGCUGCGGUGGCUGGGACUUGUCUGGCGCUCCACCGGGAGGGGCGGGUUGGGAGAGUGGCUCCGCCCCCGUGAGGCCUGACUUUAACGAGAUGCUGUACAGGACCCAAGGGGUGUACAGCACGGCGGUCUUCUUCUCUCUGACCGUCAACGUGGACGACAAGAACUCCUCCCGCAAUGCCAUACGAAUUGAUCAGGAGGGUUUGACGUUGCCAGAGAGGACUCUGUACCUGGGCCAAGACGAGGACAGUGUGAAGAUCCUGGCAGCCUACAAGGCCCUAAUGGAGAGGCUGCUGAGCAUGCUGGGAGCUCACAACGCCACGGUGAAGUCCAGGGAGAUUUUAGACCUGGAGACAAGACUGGCCAACAUCACAGUCUCAGAGUUUGAUGAGCAGAGAAAAGACAUCAGCAGCAUGUACAACCGAAUCACCCUCAAACAGCUCCAGCGUAUGGCACCUAGCCUGCACUGGAAGCGUCUGCUGGACAGAAUAUUUCAUGAUAAUUUCUCAGAGGAGGAGGAGAUAGUGGUGCUGGCAACAGACUACAUGCAGAAAGUGUCGGACAUCAUUAAGACCACCUCCAAAAGGGUCCUGCACAACUACAUGCUGUGGCGUAUCGUGGCGGCUCUGAGCGAGCACCUGUCCACCGCCUUCAGGAGCACCAUCCACGAGUUCUCCCGAGAGAUCGACGGCACGGAGAGGCAGCUGGAGCUGGGCCGACUCUGCCUCACUCAGGCCAACAAGCACUUCGGCAUGGCUCUCGGAGCGCUCUUCGUCCAGCAGCACUUCUCCACCCAGAGCAAAGCCAAGGUUCAGCAGCUGGUGGAGGACAUAAAGCACGCGCUGGACGUCAGACUGCAAGAGCUGGACUGGAUGGAUGAAGAGACCAAAGAGGCAGCACGAGCCAAGCUCCAGCACAUGAUGGUAAUGACGGGGUAUCCAGACUUCCUACUGAAGCCGGAGCUCAUCGACCAGGAAUAUGGGUUUGAAGUCAGUGAGAAGACCUACUUUAAGAACAUUCUCAACAGCAUCAAGUACAACAUCAAGCUGUCCGUCAAAAAGAUCCACAAGGAGGUGGACAAGACAACGUGGCUUCUCCCACCCCAAGCGCUGAAUGCGUACUAUCUCCCAAAUAAGAACCAGAUGGUCUUCCCAGCAGGAAUUCUCCAGCCGACUCUGUAUGAUCCAGAAUUCCCGCAGUCUCUCAACUACGGGGGGAUUGGAGCAAUCAUCGGGCAUGAGCUAACCCACGGCUAUGAUGACUGGGGAGGGCAGUACGACCGCUACGGCAACCUGAAGCAGUGGUGGACGGAGGAGUCCUACAGAAAGUUCCAGAAGAAAGCAGAGUGCAUCGUCAAACUGUACGAUAACUUUACCGUCUACAACCAGCGGGUAAACGGGCGUCUCACCCUCGGUGAGAACAUUGCUGAUCUCGGGGGGCUGAAGCUUUCCUACUACGCGUAUCAGAAGUGGAUAAGGGAACACGGUCCAGAGAGGCCACUACCAGGUCUCAAAUACACACAUGAACAGCUGCUGUUCAUAGCGUUUGCACAGAACUGGUGUAUGAAGAGAAGAUCUCAAUCCAUAUACCUACAGCUACUGACUGACAAACAUGCACCAGAACACUACAGGGUCAUCGGCAGCGUGUCUCAGUUUGACGAGUUUGGCCGAGUGUUCCACUGUCCGAAGGGCUCACCUAUGCAUCCUGCCAACAAAUGCUCCGUCUGGUGACCUUGGUCAUGCUUCUUUUUUCAUUUGCUCUGCUCUGUUUGUCUGUCCUCAACAUCGCUGCCACAACCAGGAGAAACACUGACGUUAUCAAGCAGCUGCGGAACGAGCUCUGGUAUCAGCGGACCCAAUCGAUUUCAGUUCCUUCUGCCUUUGGAGAGACUUAAAGAGAAAAACUAGUUCCACCAAACAGCAAUUUAACAAAUCUCACUCCAUCUCCCAUCAGCUUUUAUACACUGCCCUCACCAUUCUAAUACUAAUGCUGCGUUCCAUCAUACAGACACGACUCGGACUCUCGAUUAACUGUCAUAAACAUAAAAAUACUUCAUGUUAAAUCAGUUUGCUGCACCAGUCAUCAGUGCUGAUUCUUUCUCUAAACACACAAAAUUUACCCAAACUACACAAGAAGAAGCUGCAUUUGAACAACUUAUAAAAUGUGAAAAGAGAAAAAGAGAGUUUACAAUCAGAGUUUAUACAGUCAUGAAAGUUUAAAAAAAGUCAUGGAAAUUUGGUCUACAAAUCUUUGAGUUUAUCGAUGGAGAAAAUCUAUUUUGAGCUACAAAUACAUCAGCUCAGAGUUAAUUCAGUAAUUAAAGCCUACACAAUGGAGCUCUCAGGAUUUGACACACAUUUUAUUAUUUAAAAAGUUGUGUCAGAUUCAUUUUAUGCUUACUAUAAUCAAUUUUGAUUGUUUUAAAAAUCGUAUGGUCAUGAAAUUUUCCUUGAAGGCAUGGAAAAGUCAUGAAAAAAUAAUGGAAAUGUAUUUGUUUUAAAGUGUAUGAACCCUGUAUAAUGUAAUAACUUUACAACUAUGUUGUUUAAAUAGCAACAUAGCUUGUACAUUUAUCUCCAAUGGUCUAUCUUGGCAAUGGAAAACACCGUGUGAAAGUGCAGCUCAGUUUCCUCAUUGAAAAUAUCCAGGUAGCGGCGCUGUUAAAAUAGCAGUCCACCAAAGUCAGAGCUCUUAAGGGAAUGGCAAGUGAUGUGAUGAUUGCUUUAUUUUACAUUACACUCAAAAUUAACCACACCCAUGAUUAAUUGAGUGAAUUAAAACAUGCCUUUUUCACAUUUCGAGCCAUGCAAGGUGUUCUUUUUGUAUUAUUUAGAGUAGAGCUCUUGUAUUGAAAUGUGUAUCGCUGUCGACAGUAUCGGAAUCGCAUUGGAAUUGAAAAAAUAGAGAAUUGGCCCAUUGCUACUCUAAACUGCCCUUUGGUGGAUGUAUUGCAAAUGUAAAGAAUGCAAAACAAGUAUCUGGAAAACAUGUGAAGCAAGAUCAAGAUCAAAAUCAUUGGAUCUGGCAGCAAACCUUUUUUUUUCAAUUACAAAAGUACAAAAGUACAGUGGAGCGCAGAUAAACAUUCCCAUUCCUCACUCCCCCCCAUCUUCACUUAUACAAAACAACCUGCCCAAAGAUACAGUAACUGCUUUAGCCAUGGGCCUUUAUUUACCUACCCAAAUCAUUUUAUUAUAUUAUCUUAUAUCUUGCAUACAAUGUUGUUUAAGUUUGUUCAGUGCUGCUUUUUUUUGGGCUCAUCAUACUGCAUAUUUUAGCUCAAACUUUAUUUUUUCUACAUUUGAAAAAAAAAAGUAAAUUUAUUUAUUUUUCUAUUUUUAUGCAUAGCAUUCCUAAUUUAUAAUGCUCUUAGUAACGUCAUGUUUGAGUUGCCUGGUCUGGAGGUAAUGCAGACCCUGAACGAAUAAGAGUAUGUGUGCGUGUGUGUAUGUAUGAGUGUUGGGGGGACAAACUAUAAAGUAUGUUGCCAAAUAACAUAAAUUAAAGACAUUUAAAGACGUUUUCCAGUUUUUAUGCCACUGGAAAAUGCAAUGCAUUUAGCGCCCCCUUCUGGUUUGGUGAAGAACAGCAGCUGCCACUGUUGCCUGUGUGUCAGUUGUGUCUUGGCCUUUUUGGAUUGUUCAAACUGUAUUUGUGUGUGUUUUUAAGUGGGAUUUGUGUCGAGAUGUUGGAACGAAUGAACAAUUGUACGCAUGAUUUUUGAAGAAAGCCCCAUGUAACUUGUACUAUGGCCAUAUUAUUUCAGGACAGCCCUACAAUACUUCAGUUCAUAUGGCAUUCACAACUUUCUAGUACUAUUCUGAGAACAUGACAGACAGUUUGAGAACGAAUAGGUUGGAAUGUCACGAACGGCGAACUCAGAUUUUCCCUGAAUAACAUAAAGGCCUCAACUUUUAUUACUCAUCUCUGUGUGACGUGAUUCGAAAGCUGAUUUUUAAUGCAAGAUUUUUUUUCCUGACAUUCUGUGUUAAAAAAAAAAAGCUAAAAAAAAAAAAAGUUACAGACAAACAGAUAUGUAUAUAAUCACAGACUGCUGGAGGCCAGGUAUUUAAGAAAUUUACUAUUAUGAUAAAAAUGUUUAAUUUUAUAUGAAGUGACUACAUUAAAAAAGACAAGCUACUUUGUAAGGACAAGGUAUAUGAGAAAGAGGUCAUUAUAAAUAUAUGCAUAAAUAUAUAUAUCUGUCUUAUAAAGCAUGUUUACCGCAAAGUGUCUGAUACCAUCACCAGAAUUUACAGACUGAAUUACAUAUUAACAUCCACCGAGGUUUAGAAUGGAUGCUGGAAAUGGUGAACUUUGUUAAUUUUUCAAUAAACAAAUGAAGGUCAUAAAAACCUG